AUGACUGUGACACAGACCGAUCUCGACGGCAUUCUGCCCCUUGUUGCGCGGGGAAAGGUCCGGGAUAUCUAUCAAGUCGACGACAACACGCUGCUGUUCGUUGCCACAGACAGAAUCUCCGCCUACGACGUGAUAAUGGAAAACGGGGUCGAGGACAAGGGCAAGAUUCUGACCCAAUUGUCGGUUUUCUGGUUCAACUUGCUUUCUGACGUGAUCCCGAACCACCUUGUUGCCUCCUCGGACGAGGAUAUUUUUGCCACGCUGCCUCCCCAGCUGUCGGAGCCUAAAUACAAGGCCCAACUGGCCGGCCGCUCGCUUCUGGUGAAAAAGCACAGGCUCGUGCCAUUGGAGGCCAUUGUCAGAGGCUACAUCACAGGGAGCGCAUGGAAGGAGUACAAGAAGGCCGGCACAGUGCACGGCUUGCCAGUGAAGCCGGGAAUGCAAGAGAGCGAGGCAUUCGAGAAGCCUAUCUUCACGCCGUCGACCAAAGCCGAACAGGGCCAGCAUGACGAGAACAUUUCCCCAGAACAAGCUGCGCAGCUUGUGGGCGAGCAACUGUGCGCAGAGGUGGCAGAAAAGGCCGUCGCACUGUACUCGAAAGCACGUGACUACGCUCUAUCGCGGGGCAUCAUUCUUGCCGACACCAAGUUUGAGUUUGGCCUGAACGAGAAGAACGAGCUUGUUCUUGUUGACGAGGUGCUGACGCCGGACUCGUCGCGGUUCUGGGACGCCAAGAAGUACGCGCUCGGCCGGUCUCAGGACUCCUUCGACAAGCAGUUCCUCCGCGACUGGCUCACCUCGCACCAGCUGAACGGCAAGGAGGGUGUUUCCAUGACCGACGAGAUUGUUGCAAAGACUGCGGCCAAAUACAAAGAGGCUUACGAGGCUCUCACGGGAAAGACGUGGGCAUAG